GACGGGCUGCUCCGGCAGCAGCAGCGAGAGGCGGAGCAGGCGGGCGGCGAGCAGGGACUGCCUUCCUUUCGCUCACUCCUUCCCCAGAAACGCAGCCGCUGCCGCAAGGACCGAGCCGCCCGCCAGCCCGCCCCCUCCAGGGAGAGCUUCUCGCGCCAAGCUCCUCGGAGUCUUUUCCAAAAUGCCAUCUGGGGGUCUUUGAUGUGCAUCGCCUGCGCUUCCGUGAAUGAGAAGAACAUCGCGAUGCAAUAGAAGAAGCAGAAGGUGCUUUGAAAUAUCUUUAUAAAACGCACCAGUCAAGCCAAGAACAAGACUCCCAACCCCAAACCCCGGAAAAGAAGCGUCAGCCUUCCUUUCUGGGGCGAGGGGAGAUGAUCAUGCUGAGCUGGAAUCAGUUCUCCACGUCGCGCCCUCUACUCUUCCUGGCCGCGCUCCUGGUGGUGGAGAGCUCCCAGCUAGACGGCACCAAGGUGAACUCUAUCAAGUCCACCCUAAUGGGCGAGACGCCGACGCAGGCGACCACCAACAGGUCGACCACCUUCCACCAAGGAUUGGCUCUCGGGAGCAGCAAGAAGGGCAAAAUCUUGGGCCAGGGGGGCAAGGGGCUGAAGCAUUAUCACCGGCAAGGCGAGGCUUACCCUUGCACCAAUGACAAGGAGUGUGAAGUUGGGAAAUACUGCCACAGUCCCCAUCAAGCGACGUCUGCCUGCAUGAUUUGUAGGAGGAAAAAGAAGCGCUGUCACAGAGAUGGCAUGUGCUGCCCUGGGAACCGCUGCAACAAUGGUAUUUGUAUACCAGUAACUGAGAGCAUUCUUACUCCCCACAUCCCAGCCUUGGAAGUACCUCGCAACAAGAAAAAUAAUCAUUAUCCCACUAAGGACUUGGGAUGGCAGAAUCUCGGGAAAGGGCAGACCAAACUGACACACACAAAAGGCCACGAAGGAGACUCCUGCUUAAGGUCUUCCGACUGCACUGAGGGCUUUUGUUGUGCUCGCCAUUUCUGGACCAAAAUUUGCAAACCCGUCUUGCACCAGGGGGAAGUGUGCACCAAGCAACGCAAGAAGGGGUCCCACGGCUUGGAGAUUUUCCAGCGAUGUGACUGUGCCAAAGGGCUGUCAUGCAAAAUCUGGAAAGACGCCACUUACUCUUCAAAAGCGAGGCUUCACGUGUGCCAGAAGAUCUGAUGGUGGACUGGGAGACUGUCAUUCACAGGCCCGUGAAGAACUGGCAAAAUGUACACAUCGCAGCACCGUAGAAUGCAAGGAUUGUAAAUAAGAACCAAAUGGCCAAAGUGUCCAUUGCCGUGGGAAGAAACAACAUCCCAAACUGAAUUAUAUUUCUGCCCUGGAGGUGAAUACGGUGGCAGCUGGCCUUUCAUUUGUGAAGUGGUGCCUCUCUGCCAAUGCUGCCAGACAUUUGUGGAAAAGCACCAUGCCAAUGACAUUUGACAUUUAACUCAUGUUUGACGUAUGGCUUUGUGAAUUCUCCACAUUGGUUGUGGUUAGGUUCCCCCCCCCCCAUUAUGAUUGUAAAAUAUUGCUAUAUGACAUAUUUACAACACAAAGCAGUGCUUUGCCAAAUGACUUUUCUAUCGGCACCUUCUUGGGUACUGAACAAAAAACCAUCUUAGUAAACUGAAGCUAUCAGAGGCCAAGGGAAAAAACUACCAUACAUGUCUUUAUCUGUUAACAUUACCCAUGAACAACCCAAGGCUGUCACUUGAAUGAGAAAUAUUCUCCUGCCAAACAAGGGCUACAUCUGGAAGACUGCAGUGCAAAUGGAAAAAUCUCACUCAUUUCACACACACACACACACACACACACACACACAUGUGCCUGGCAAAAUCUGCCUUGAACAGAGGUAAUAAAGCAGGGAUGAUGUUUUAGAUUUGCAUACUGUUAAGCAUUUGGACCACAACACCAAAAUAAUUUCAUCUUCAUAGCCAAUGGCUUCUGUUUGUCUCAGUUUACUGCUAGCACACAGGAGGCUAACAGAGAAAAAAAGGCAAAGUGUCCAUGAAUGCAUUCUGAGCAGAAUUGUAUGCUGAGCUGCUAGCUGUAAAUAGUGGGGAAUUGUGGGUUGUAUUGUGAACUGUUUUUCAGCUUUGCCUCUGGCGGAGGCAUCCAGUGUCCAUUGACUGUGUGUACUACUAAAUAACAGCAUCAACAGAGCUUUCAGUACAGAUCUUCUGUGGUUUGGAGACAUUAAAAUGGAAGCAUCCUAUGCCAGCAGCAACAGGGGGGAAACGAAAAGAAAACAAGAUGGACAUGGAUGCACAAAGUGUGAUCAGCAAAUGACAUCACAUGAUAAAAUAUAACAACUCAGACUUGCAAAUAUUUGGAAUGUGCAUAGUAUCACUUGCUACUGGAUUCCCAUUGAUUGCAGUGGAUAACAGUGUUCACUAUCACCGCCAAAGUAUUAAUGGACUGACAAAGAUGAAUGGUUCAAUCAUUCCACCUCCACCCUUCUAACACGCUUGCGUUUUCUUUUACUAUACUCACUUAUUUUUCAAAUGUGUUAUUUGUGUAAGCAUUGGAGCCUUGAAAAGGGGUAGGAUCACUCUCCAGGAAAUAUUGUUGAUUGGAGAAGAGAAUGGUAUUCCUUUUUUAAAUGCUACUCAGAGGCGGGAUGUGUGUGUGUGUCUGUGUGUGUAAGACUGAGUUUUUCCUGCUACCAUGUGCCAUUUGCAACAGCAGUGUGAUCGUAUCUAUGUGAAAGUGAAGCGUCUGAAGCAGUCUAACGAAAAAGGGGUUCCCUGGCUAUCUCACUUUCCACAAGCCAUAUUUUCCUGGCUUCCCAUAGCCACCUUAUGACAAUGUGCCAUGAAAACUAAUGUAUGGUCUAUUUGUAACCAGUAUCGAAAUUCCUCAGUAAAUGCAAGCCUUAUGCUACAUUUUCUUUAUUUCUAUUUUUUUUUAAAAAAAGUAACUCUCAUAUAUUUGUGAAUAAGGAGAAUGAUUUAUCACGUCAUUAUCAAACCACAGGGUUGGAAGGUACCUAAAAUUAUCUAGGAGCAUGUGUCUACACUACAAAUAGAAGCUGGAUUUGAACCAGUCCAUCUGCCAUGGCUUCUUCACUAACUGUCCUUUAAGGAGAGUGCUGAAAAUUAUUUUAAGAUUCCACUUUGAUGGACUUCAAAGAAAGCCAUGACAAUGAAAUAGUUUUAAGAGCAGAGUGCAUAUAUAUAUCCUGGGUCCAGCCCUUUGAC